ACGCGGGGGUGGGGCGGGGCGCGCCGGAAAGGGCCCUGGGGACUUUCAAACGGGACGCGAGGGCGUGCCCGGGGCUCAGGCGAAGGCACCGAGGAUCUGGACGUCGGAAUGGGGAACGACGGGAGAAUGGGCAAAAAAGUCCGGUGGGUCACAGUCUCCAACGCCAUCCGCAUGCGCCGCGCCUCCACUCUUGCGUCCCCACCCCGCUGCCAGUCCCGGGCCUCAACACCGCUCCCUACACGCUACCUGCUGUAGGCCCACACCCGGGGGAGGAGCGUGCACACCGCUCCGGAACCACCCGGUGUGCGCAAACCUCGUGGACGCGCGUGGCCGAGGCCGGGCAGGGGGCGGGGCGAGCGGCGGUGACGCGGCGGUUGCCAUGGGAACCCGCCGCCCGCUCCGGUGCAGGAGCCGAAACCGAAGCUGCCGCCCGCCGCCCGCUGCCCGCCUGCCGGGUGCCCGCCUGCCCACUCCGGGCUCUCCCCGCGGGGCGGUAGGGGGAGCCGGGCUGGAGGAGGGGACGGGGAUGCGGCCUCCGAGCGGAGACUGGCCCCGCGCGUCCUAAGCCGAGGCCCCUGAGCCGCCGCCGCCGCCACCGGGAGGGCCCAGAACAAGCGCGGGCAGCGCCCGUCCGGCUCCGGAUCGCGCAUCCCGGCCCGCCGCCCAGACACGGACCGCACGGUCCGCCCCGGCCGCAGCGCCGCGAGGUCUCAGCCCUGCCGGCGACCUCCGCGCCUCCGCAACCCCGGCCGGCUCCGGCCCGGGACCCCGCGCUCCUCGCCGCUGCAGCCGCCGCCCCUACCGCCGCCGCCUGCGCCUCUGCCGCCGCCGCUGCCCCCGCUUCGUCCGCGCCCCCAGCCCGGGCCCCGACCUCAGCCCCGACCCCGCCCGCGGCCCCGCCAACCUCGGCCGCGGCCCAGGCCCCACCCCCGGCCCCGGAGGUCCAGCCGUGGGAACGAUGCUGCCCAGCUCCAUCCAGAUUUCGGGGGAGCCGCUGUCAGGCGCCGAGGUGCGGGACAUCUGCCGCGGCCUGCGCGACAACGCCGUGCGCCUGCUCUCGCUGCGCGGCUGCCGCCUUUGCGACCGCGACUUCGGCCGCAUCUGCCGGGCCCUGGCCGGGGCCACGUCGCUGGCACAGCUCAACCUUAACCUGGGCGUCGUGUCCAGCCCCAGCCGCAUCAAGCAGCUGGCGGAGGCGCUGCGGACCAACCGCUCCAUCCAGUCCCUCUUCCUGCAUGGGAGCCCCCUGACAGAUGCCGGGCUGGCCUUGCUGAACCCCGCCCUGGCCCUCCACCCUGCCCUCGUGGCUCUGGACUUGGGGGACUGCAUGCUGGGUGAUGAAGCCAUCAACCUCAUCUGUGGCCUCCUCCCCCCAGAUGGGGCCAAAUCUGGCUUGAAGGAGUUAACGCUGAGUGCCAACCCUGGCAUCACCCCUAAGGGCUGGAGCCGCCUCGCCAUUGCCGUGGCCCACAGCUCCCAGGUCCGCGUCCUCAAUCUGGACUACAACCCCCUGGGUGACCAUGUGGCAGGGAUGCUGGCUGUAGCUGUGGCCUCCAGCCGCACCUUAGAGGUCCUAGACUUGGAGGGCACAGGGCUCACCAACCAGUCAGCUCAGACCCUGCUGGACAUGGUAGAAAAUUACCCCACGGCUUUGCGGAGCCUGGUGCUGGCUGAGAACAGCAUCAGCCCAGAGCUGCAGCAGCAGAUCUGUGACCUCCUCUCUGAGGGGGAGGAGGAAGAGGAGACGGCAGGAGGGGCUGGCAACACCCAGGAACGAGAGAGAGGGCAGGAGUCUGCUGUCCACCAGAGGGGCAGCAGCUCCUGGAUGUGCCCCAGUGAUCCCAGCUCUCAGAUGGUGCUAAUGACGUCAGGACUAGGGGACAGUCUGUUGGCUGAGACCGAGAUGUGACUCUCCCACUUGGGCUUCUGCGCAUCACUACAUUUGUCUGUGUCCCCAGCACCUUGACCCAGGUGUCAGGGUCAGGCCCUGGGGCUCUGGCAGCUCCUGGCAGUGUGGUGGGAGGCUCUGGAAACUGUGACAGAGCAACAGCCUUGGAGGCAGUUGAACCCAAGGCAAUGCCUCUGCACUUGUUGGCAGCUCUGGCUGCAGCCCGCUGGCUCGGAAGAGAUUUUAUGAACUCUACAACCUGGCGUGUGGCUGUGGUCACUGGGGCUCAGCAGUAGGGGAGGAACUGGAAUUACCACUAGGCACCACUAGGGGGCAGUGCCACCUCACAGCCCAAGCUCCAGGCAGUGUCCUCUGGCCCCAAGUGUCCCAGACAGGUCUUGACCUGGGGUUCUGGGAUGACACCUCACACAGGCCCCACGAUAAGCAUCAUAACUAAGGUAAACACCCCACCUCAAGAGCUGGGCUGGACUGCACUCUACCUCGAGGAGAGACUUGGUCCCGGCCAAAGUUACUUGAGGUGUACCCUCUCCCACUGCCGGAUGCUCCAUGCCCAGGGAAGACCCUGGCAGAGUGUGGCAAGGGAGAAUCACUAGCAAAGACUAGGACAUCACAAGCACUGAG